CUCGUAAAUCCAAGAUGGCGAAUUCGUUUUGACGUUUGCACCGCCAUCUUAACAGCGACCAACUUCAGUGUGCUUCCAACCGUCGCUCAGUCGAGUGCGCCGCGUGUUACAGUAAAUUAAAAGAAGUGAGAAACUUUUUUAUAAUAUCUUUUAAUAGUUUCCAGUGUUUUUGUGUACUAACGAACUUAUUUUGAACGAUAAUAAGCAGUUUGAAGUGUAUAUUUUGGUGAAGUGACGUGAUUAAACACCAUUGUUUGAGAUCGAGACAAAAACUGUUCGAAAUUGAUGUAAACAAUGAUUGCUUAGACAUUAUGGAAGACGUGUAUACAAUUAAAGUUAAAACAAAACCUGAUACGAGGAAUUUGUAUCCGUCUGAGAGGCGAUACUCGGCGUCGACGGUGUCGGGACUCGCGUGGGUGCAUAUUGCAUUGGCCGCCACAUCCUUCCUACUCGCUUGUUUAGCUCUAGUGAACCCUAACGCGAACCUACAGAACCAAAACACAACAGACAAUGCUUAUAAAUACAACGGAAUUAACGGACCAAUACAAAAUGACGAAAACUUUUCAAAUUACGAAAAUGAGAAUGAAACUCAAAUAAAUUCGAACGCUGAAUCGAAUUUUAAACUGAGUGAAAAUGUGAACGGAAGUUCAUUAAAUUUAGACAAUAGUACGGAUAUUAACGGGAAUAAAAAUGACAGUAAUUACAUAUUAGUGGUGGCACCGGCGUUGAUCACUAUAUUCGGUCUCGCAGCUGGUGUCACAAGUAUCCUAGCGUCAGUUCGCUGGUACAUAGACCACAACAUCACCUGGCUAUUCGUUAUGUCAUGUUUAUCAACCCUGAUUUCUCUGACAUCCUUUAUAAUGAUCGCCGUUUGGUUCAUAACAACCUCGGAGGGCGAUAUAACAGAAUUCUACAAGGACAAAGUGCCUUUCAAAGAGUAUUUCGUGAUUAAACACGACGCGGUUAUUGUUAGAAACGAGUCACAUAUGAUAGUCGCGUUGAACACGCCGGUAGACAAGGCUGAUACACCGAAUCUGUUUACAAAACGAGUGCUGUCAAUAAACAUUCUUAUAGCAGCGUUUUUGGAACUACUCUGGUCGAUUUUAAGCGUCAAAAUUUCUUAUAAAGGCAUGAGAAAUACUUAUAAGGACGACAAUGAAAGACGGCAAGGGAAUUGCAUAUCAGUUGUUACAAAAAUUAAAGGGAAUGAUACUCGAAAAUUACCUCGAAACGGUAAACUAAUACCUCCAAAACCUGACUUGAUAGACCACUAUCCGAGCAGGAAGAUUAAGAAGAUAUUCCUCGCGCAGUCCGACAACGGUUUCUAUUUGAAAAAUCAUGGCAACAAAAACAAACAGACGGAAACCAGUUCUGAGUUUUACAAAGAACGAAUGAUGAACUUCUUGAAUCGUUGCGCGUCGUUAGAAGCUUUAUCGAACCCGGAGAUGUCACAAAGCGUUCAUUCAGAAGCUUUGAAUCCAAUCCCAGAAGGGGUCACUAUAGAGCACGUGUCCAGAGACCCAGUAAGUGAAAUCAAGGAUAGAAUGACCCCAAUAAGCUGGGGAGAUAACUCAGAUCACACAGUUUACAACCAAAACACACUGAAUUUAGACAAAAUCUUCAAAUUCAUACCAAAUACUAAAAUCGAUAGUGGAAAUGAAAACGAAUGACUUGUAAGUGAAAAUUACGUUUAGGAACACGCAACUGUGUUUUUUAAGUUGGUUCAGAUGAGGCGAGAAAUAGCGAGUGAAUUGUUGUACAUUGCUGGCGAAGUUAUGAUAGUUUUGAUAACAGAGCUGUGUAAGUCCGUAAUGUAUUGCAAACAGCGCGAUAAUUCUUGCAUCUAAAUGAUUGUAUGACUUGUGAUUUUAAUCCUAUUUAAACGUAUCGUUUAUUUUUUAAGUUGAAUUUAUUUAAAGAUGAUUUCUUUAAUUAAUUGUUUGCUUAAUUAUCUAAAGUGACGAUUUAUGCUUUAGCUUCAUUUACAAGAAAUAUUUUUACGAUAUCUAAUACAGAUAGAAAUAAAAAAA